AUCAGACUACGGUUCUUCAUGCAGUUUUCUACCCUACAACUCAAUUUUUAAAUAUUCAAUUCAGGGAAAAUUUCUUUUCACUGAUUAGGAGAUUCAUUGCGGCAAAACUAACACAGAAAAAUAUAAAUGCUUUCUUGUAUUUCACAUAUCGCAAAAAUAUAUAAAUAUUCAUAGUUUAGACAUUAUCAUCGAAUAGUGUCCGUUGGUAAAAUAGGAUAGUACACCAGCUCAUCCAGAACUAUUAGAAUGUUUACUCACAAAUAUAAAUACGAGGAAGGUUAAGAAUCGAACAGAGAAAUAGAACAACUUUUUAUGUGAAUUUUGUCAUCGUAAGCUAAUGGACGUUAAGCCCAAAUAGGAGAAUCCAUUUUACCUCACAGCUAUGAAGUUUCACUUAAAUUCUAAUUUUCUGUAACCGAGUUCAACGUACUAUAGCAGCAGGUCCAAUAAAAAGAUCAACAUAGAUCUCCAAGAAGUGCAUUUAAAAAAAAGGGGGUAAGAAAAACUGCAUAAUAAUACGAACAAAUUCAACCGCCGAUAGACACAAUAUCGUCGAAGGUGUGUGUCUUCCAAGGAUUAGAAAACAAAUAAAACUCAAUCGGAAGACAUUGGAAUGUUGCACGCUCCAUCGCGGUGCAAAUUAACGCGCGAAGAAGGUUCAAAGUGUGGAUUCCGCGCACCUGAGCGGCGGUUCCAGAACAAAGAAUAUUGUUGCCGUGAUACGAUAGUUUUUUGUUUGCAAAUGAUAUGCGAUUGGAUUCGAGAAAAACAAAGGGAAUCGUAGUGUUUCACAGUUUCGUUCAGCGUUCCAUCGAGCACGAUUUCGAGCACUCGUUCUCCGAACACAAGAAUAUGUACGACUGGAUGUUCCUGUCCUUGCGGUUUCCGCAAAAGCUAUGGCGAAUAAUUAACGACUGCGAGACGGGCGCGAUCCGUUGGAGCCUCGGCGGCAACACCAUCCUCCUCGAUUACAAGAAAUUCCAGGAGCAGUACCUUGACGCGUGCAACUCUAUCUUCAAAACGAAGAACAUCACCAGCUUCAUUCGCCAGUUGAACCUGUACGGCUUCCGGAAGGUGACCUCUCACAAUCGGGACCCGAUCUGCAACGCGUACAAUCCCGAUGUUCACGAAUUUUUGCACGAGAAUUUCCGUGGUGGUCGACCGGAUCUGCUGCCCAGAGUGUACCGUAAGACACCUGGGAGACUAAAUCAUCGGCAACGAAUUCGUUUAAAGAACAGUCCGGAACCGGAACUAUCCAGCAAAAACUUUGAUGAGUCCCGUUUGCAUGCGUGCCGGAUGGCGUUAACAAAAACUCUGGAACAAAUAACGCGAGAAUAUCAACGGAUACACUAUCAUUCAAUAAGAAAUAGUGAUUCUAGAAACAGUCCAACAAAUUCCCCCGAAAAAGUUUGUCACUUUAAUUUAUGUUCUACUCAAAAUAACGAGGUGGAGAUAGAAUGGAUUCCAAGAAAUCCAGUACCAAUCGUCGCAAAACGGAGCAACACAAACGGUCAUUCAACUUACACCUGGUGUGUAUACGAAGUAAAUAAAUCCCAUCAAGAAGAAUAAUUGUAAAGAAUAGUUUAAAUAUAUUUUAAAUAAGAAUUUA